GUUAAACAUCCUGCUUUGUCAUUAUUCUGUGUAAACAUUUACACUAUUAUAAUGUUACCUCUUGUCAACUCAACAACUCAAAGUGUUAUGCUGGACUGUAAACAACCUAGUAUACAUUUGUAAAAGAAUUGAAGCGGAGGAAACAGCUCAGAUGCUCAGCGAGGCCAUCAAUACAGGAGACAAAGCUGAGGCCAUCCGAUGUGUAGAGCAGCUGCUUAUUCUGAAAGUGCCUGUGUGCAUGCGGCUUACUCAGGAGGCGUAUUCCCAAGCCUGCUUAAGGUUGAGAGUUGGUGUUGAAGAUGCACAGUCUGAUGCCUACAUCACAAUGCUGGUGACUCCUGGCAUGACGAUCUCAGAACUGAAACAGAAGAUUAGCCAAGACUAUGGCUUCCACCCUUCAGUACAGUGCUGGAUCAUAGGGAAGCGUUUUGCUAAAGAUGAAGACACACUGUUUAGCCACAACGUGACCAGUGACGACGAUCAGGCAUUUCUCUUCAUUAGGUCCUCCCAUUCUGUCAGCCUGAGCCGAGAACAGCAGAAACAAGAGGAGCAGGACAGGAAGAUAGGCGGUAUUAUUGAGAACAUAGAGGUUCUCAGUAGAGGUACAGCAGAACCAGGAGCUCGAUGCAAACAACCUCAAGGGUCUCCUGUACGAAAACCUUGCCCAGUACCUCCCCCCAAACCAGUGGUAGGAUGGUCUUGUUCGCAGUGCACAUAUAGGAACAAACCAACACGACCAGGGUGUGCAAUGUGCAGUGCUGAGAGACCAGAAAACUAUAAAAUACCAGAUAUAUACAAACCAGAUGAAGAGGAAGCACGUAGACUUCAGCGAGAAGAGCUGGCCAGUCUUCAGUAUGAACAGUCCAUCAUAGAGGAGCGAGAGAAGAAUUUCCUCACUCUGAUAGAGACAGACAAUCAGGACCUGGUUAGGAACUCAGAGGAGUUUUCCUGCCCCGUCUGCUGCGAGGAUGUCCAAGAAGGACAGGGCGCCACUCUUCGAGAGUGCCUUCACAGCUUCUGCAGAGAGUGUGUGAAGAUGACCAUUCUAAACUGUGUGGAUGCCGAAGUGCUGUGUCCUUAUGCAGACGGGGAAUACUCCUGUAAUUGCAUGCUUCAGGACCGAGAGAUUAAAACACUCCUGUCACCUGAGGAAUACCAGAAGUUUUUAGAGUUGAGGUUGAAUAUUGCAGAGUCACGCAGUGAGAACAGUUACCACUGUAAAACCCUGGACUGCCCCGGCUGGUGCAUAUUCGAAGACGACGUCAAUGAGUUUGCCUGCAACAUCUGCAAAGAGACCAACUGCCUCCUCUGCAAGGCAAUUCACAAAGACAUGAACUGUAAACAGUACCAAGAUGACCUUCGCCUCAGAGCAGAGAAUGAUGCUGCAGCCAAACAAACCACAGAGAUACUAGAGACGAUGUUGCAGAAUGGUGAAGCCAUGUACUGUCCCAAAUGCAAAGUGAUCAUCCAGAAGAAAGACGGCUGCGACUGGAUCUGCUGCCUCAUGUGCAAGACGGAAAUCUGUUGGGUGACCAAACAGGCCAGAUGGGGUCCUCAGGGUCACGGAGACACGUCAGGUGGAUGUAAAUGUCGCAUCAAUGUUGCCCCUUGUCACCCAAAUUGUCAAAACUGUCACUGAUCUCUAAUCUCCACUGUGGGGACACAUCAUAUUUCCACGGACACUGUAGACUAAAAGGAAAUAACUUACCAGAUUCUUUAACUAACAGACUGAAGCUGUUCAUCCGCAAGCACGUAUCAAUAAUCGUGGUGGAAUUAUGAAUCAUAAUUUGAGUAUGUGAUUCUAAUUUUUAUAACCUUUAAAUGAACCGUUUACAAAAAACAUCGUCAUCUUCAUAAUAGGGGUUUGUUAUUUGGGUAUAUUGAUGAUCAGUUUGUUGUUUUUGUAUGAUGACCAAAGCAAAUCUUGCACAUUACGGUAUUUAGCAUUGUUGAGUUGAACUUGCACAUGAUUAAGUAGUUCUAUAUUAAAUUGCACAACAUGACCACUAGCCUUACUGUGGGGUGGAAAGAAUUGCCAUUCCAUCAUCAGGAUUUGAGCUCAGGAUCUCCUGAUAAUGUUGUGUCAAUCAGGAGCUUUGCAUAUAUUUGCAUUAUUCUAUAAAUAAGCAUUAAAUAUUGAGACGUGUGUAAGGAGUUAACCCACAAAUAUGCCUUAAAAAAGUAGCCAUUGAAUGUAAGCGUGUCUUUGUAAAUGUACGUCAUUACGUGCGUCAAACUAAACUUUCAUAACAUUUGUAAUAAUAAUAAAAAAAUACUAAUUUGUGACAAA